UCCAAAAUAAACUUCAUUUUUAAUACAAAGCUAAACUUUUAAAACAUUACAAUAUCUAUAUCUAAUAUGUAAUUAAUUGUAAUUAGUUUUGCAACUUUUAUAGUCGUCGAUUCUUGAAAACACAUCAUUGCCAGCCCCUUCCGCAUGUAAAAGUCGGAUCUUAAGGUAAUCCAAGACCCAAACCCGAGCCCUGACAUCCUUUUCUUCUCAAAUCUCAACCGUCAUUUUAUUUUGAUUAUCGGGAAAUCAACGGAACCGAUUUCUUCUUUUCCAGUCCUUUCGGUCGCGUAUGGGCUAGGCGGUUGGCUUUGUUGCCCUCUCUCCCUCUCUGUUUCUAUGGGGUAGAUGUCAAUCUCUCCUCCCUCUCUCUCUUUCUGUUUCUAUGGGGUAGAUGGGAGUCGGCAUGUUUUUUCCUUUGGGACCCAAGAUUUGGAUUGUUUACGUUGUCGCAUGAUGAAUCCGGGGAGCUUCUAUUGCCUCUGGUUUGCUUAUGAAUUGGAUUCUCGACGGAUUGACGACGGAACAUAAGAAAUCUAUGGACGGAUGAGGAAUUGGGGCGUAAUAAUUGCUUCGAGGAUGAAUGCUGGUGCAUCGAACUACGGCGAUUCGAAGAAGGGGAAGAAGGUGGUCGCCGUUAAGGAGUUGGCCUCGCGAUACGAGGAACAGGAAGAUGUGGUGGGAAGGGACGACGAAGAGCUGAAAUCCUUGCUGCCUCUGCAGAAGGAAGGAAGCUUCAAAGGAGGCGCCAAUGGUGGGACGGAGUCACGGAGAAAGGUUCAGUGGAACGAUAAGGAUGGCGACAAACUUGCGCAAGUUCGUGAGUUCGUGCCAAGUGAUUCAAGUGACAAUGAUUGCGAUGAGGACGAUUUGGAUUCAUGUCUAUGUGUAAUAGUGUAAAUAUGUGUUCUUUGCUUUGACAUGAACCAAUUAGUUCUUCAUUUGGGAUUACUAAUGCGAGCAGCAAGCUGACAUGAUAAAGAUUGGAGGGGUUGAAGAUUGUGUCUCAUUCAUUUUAUAGGAGAAACUUGGAGGUAUUCGCAUGAGUGUUGAGGAACUGUGAACAUAGAGCUAUAGGAACCUCAUUUAGUUUGAAAUUUCUGUAUUGUUAGAUCCUCUGUCGUUGGCGGCUCGUGUUGAAAUUUGGAGAUUGUUCAAAGAAGAUGCUGCUUUUCCUGCUGUACAUUUUCUGUAUGUUUAGUUAACAUUCUUGACUAGGUUGGCAGUUCUAAUGAUCAUCUGGAGAGUACAUGGGCAUGGAUAUAGUUUGGUGGGUACUGUAGCAAGGAAAAAGUAUUCUUCUAAGAUCUGAAGGUUGUAAAUUCACGGUUUAUGUAUUUUGACAAGUGAGUAAAGAGUUUAGGAAUUUUACUAGUAAAAACAA